AACGUCACAAUCAGGCUCAUCGAUUGGCACAAUAAACCGAACAUGCUGUGGCUCGACAAAACUACAAUUAAGUAGUUAUACACCUGAAUAAAGACAAUGGCUUCAGCAGAACCCAAAAUUAUUCUAGUGUUCAGUGGGAAACGCAAAUCCGGCAAAGAUUAUGUGACGGAUUUCAUUCUGAAAAGGCUAGGGUCGGAGAUCUGCUGCAUCCUGCGUCUCUCUGGCCCGCUGAAAAAGCAGUACGCUCAGGACCACGGACUGGACUACAGCGAGCUGCUGGCCGCAGGGGGCUACAAGGAGACACACCGCGCUGACAUGAUCACCUGGGGCGAGCAGCAGAGGCGCCAAGACCCGGGCUUCUUCUGUCGCCUAGCAACAGAGGCAGCCCAGCAGCCCGUCUGGAUUGUGAGUGACGCGCGGCGGCGUUCGGACCUGCGGUGGUUCCAGACAGAGUAUCCGAGUCAGACGCGCUGCGUUAGGGUCCAGGCUUCAGAGGAAACACGAGCGGACCGCGGCUGGCGCUUCACAGCAGGGAUAGAUGAUGCAGAGUCAGAGUGUGGAUUGGACGGGGAGAAGUUCGACUGGAUCAUCACCAAUGAGGCAGACGCUCCAGCCUUAGAAGAGCAGCUUGAGAACAUUUUACAACUCGCCUCACAUGCAGCAGGACCGCACAACUCCUGAAGCCUCCGUCAGAAACGUCCAGCCCACCACAACCGCAGAAGACACUGUUGAAAACAUUCGGCUGCGUUGCACAAAUGCUUCGUCAGAACCUUUGUGCCUUCUUUUAGCCCUCCAGUUCCUUGAGCAUGACAAGACAAUAAUAGUCCUAACUGGACAUCGAGUGCCUGAAACCUUUCCGCCACUUUAUAAUGCAAAGAAUAAAGUUUCCUUCAUAAGGUUUA